AUGGAUGUAGUCACUGGCGUCGUCGCCAACCAAAAGGCCCCCACAGGCGUGUCGACACGAUCGUCGUCUAGCAUUCAAACAUCUUCCGGCACCACCGGCUCGAGUGCGACGACUGCAGCUUCUGCUAACACAAAAGAUCUCUCCAAUGGCAACAACGUCAUAACCAACGGAGUCUUCUACCAGGGCUCUACCACCGGCUGGCACGGUGCUCGCGCCNUUGGUACCAAGUUCUCCGUAGCUUCGCUCGCUGGCGAUUCGAACUAUGAAGCGCUUGUCAAGUACGCACUGGCUGCUCAUGACAAUGCGAGUGGUCAGCUCUACCAGAACGUCACUAUUCCUGCCAAUUCGGCAUGGCAACUCAACGCCAAUGUCUUCCUGAACUACCCAAGUGGUCUUCCUGUUGGCGUAUCUUGCGUUGUCAAAUACAGUCUUGGGAGUGACAGCAUCAUUCUCAAGCAAUAUGGUGUCGCUUCAUCAAGCGGUUCUGUUCUGUCUGAUACUGCUUCGGGCCAACUAUCGCAGGCUUUCACUGGCCGGUUCAUGAUAGACACCUACUGCAACAGCGAGAGCUCUUCGGCGGCAAGCUUCGCUUUAGGCUUUGGCAACAUUCAGCUGCUUGUCGCAGAUGCCGGGAGUACUACUUCAGCCGCUGCAACCACAAAUGCUGCUGUAGCUACCAGUACCUCGAGCCCUUCUUCAACAACAUCUUCGGCCGCAAGUGCAAGCACGACUGGCGCUAACAUGUUGACCAAUGGCGAUUUCAACUCAGGCGACUUCUCGGGCUGGGCCCUAUACCGCCUUGGCACUCCUACCUUCGCCAUCCAAGGCAAUCCCAAUGCUUAUGUCUCAGUUAUUACUUUCCCCGCUGGCGGUGAUUAUAACUCUCAAGCUGCUCUGCUGCAGCAAUCCGCGACUGCACAGUCGGGCAAGACUUACACAGCCUCGAUGGGUCUUUUGCUCAACUACCCAUCAGGUCUUGCCAACGAUGGCUCUUCUUGCAGUGUGCAAGUCUACUUUGUCGAUUCCAAUGGUUUCGGUAUUUCGUUCGCUCAGACGACAUACAAAUAUGGUGAUGCAGCCUACCAGAGCAUCACUGGCAGUGGUUCGGUGAACAAUGGGUUCAACGGCGUCUUUGAUAUUAUGAUCAGGUGUUAUGGCAGCUCGCAGGCGAUCGUUGUCGGUGUUGAAGAUGUACAGCUUUUCGAGUCUUAG